CCAUAACUCAAUCUUUGAUAGAGGACUCUUGUGACAAUUGUCAAACAUUGGAUGUCAUUUCCGAUAAUGGACAAGUGUCACCCAUUACUAUCAAAAAGUCAACUGGAGCAACUCUAAACUCAUUAGGUCAGCAAAGAUCUAAAUUAAGAUCUAAAUCACUGAAGUGCUACACAUCAAAGCACCAAUGCCAAAGCAAUGAAACAUUAUUUAAACCCAAGUGCACACUGCUGGCAGCGAAGCGUGUCAUUCAAGAGCCUUUAUUGAAUACACAUACAUAUGAGGGGGCACAAGAAAAUCAGGUCAGCGUUUCCAUUCAAGAAAUAAUUGAUAAUAGUCCUUCACAAAGCAGUAUUGAGUCGUCUAUAUGUAGAUUUGGUGAUGACGGUAUUAUAGCAGAAACUUUGAGUUCACCUGUGAAGGUGUCCCAAGAAGUCGAUAAUAAGGACAUUGGAGUUUCACCCCCACCCCUUGAAGAACGGAACUCGGAAUUAAGCGUGUCUGAGGGGGGUUUCGAGAAAACUAAUGAUCAGGAAUUAAGUCGAGUGAACAAUUCAAAGGGGCAUGUGCACCAGCAGGAGUUCAACUUCCAAAGACAAUUGGCGUGGGUUGUAACCGGUAAGCCUAUAGAGGAAACCUCAAAGGCCUAUGAUUCCGACCGGAAAGGAAUAUACAAGAGGACUUACAGUAGGGCUAAUUCAUGCCCAAGCCUGAAGGGAUCUAAACCAGAGUGUACAUUAUGUAUGUGUAAUGCUCAUUAUAGAGAUGGCUAUUCUUUAAGUAAUAUAAGGCUUGACCAUAGCGUGAAUAAGCCAGGUAUUGGUGAACCUAUUGGCUUGACAGAUCAAGGGACUAGUUGGGGUUUGCUUGGGCAAAAUGGUGGAUCUACUGGUCGGUCAGUGAAGGGAGUGUCCGAGGAAGGCCUACGGGAUUCUACUCAGGAUACUAACUCUGUUCUUACCAAGGAGGGUUCUAAAACAUGUGAAGGUGAUGAAAUAAGAACUUCUGAGGUUAACCAAAGUAUUGGACAAGGUGACUCACAUUCAAAAACUUCUAAAAGUUGUGCAAUUUAUAAUCAGGUAGGAAAUGCCACUGAUUUGAUCUCCAGGAGUGUUGAGGAUUACUCGAGUAAAUUAUCUUGUGAUCAAAAUUGGAAUAUCUCUGGUUGCGAUUGGAAACAAUUUGAGUCAGAAGGACUUGAUUAUGCUGAGGAAUCAAGCAGUGGGAGCUGUUGGUUGAGUUAUCACCCCGAGGACGAGGAAGGGCCAGAAUGGAAGGGAUUAUGUGAUAAGUCUCGGGGAAUUCUUGGCAAUUCAGAAAACAAUGAAAUUGGCAAGGUCCACAUUGAUGCCACUGGUGCAGUUUUGGGUCAAGGGGAUACAACUGAGGUAAAAUCGGAGGUUGGAGUUAUGGCAAGUUUGAGGCGGUUCCUAAGCCCAAAAAAGAGCUCCAAGGAGCCCAAGGAACCGAAAGAAAAAAGCUUACAAAAGUCAAGUAAGUCGCUACUUCGGGUUAAUUCUGGUCCGAAGUCGGCGGGUUCCUCUUCAAAUCCUGUCCUUCUUGGGAUCAGUAAGAGGGAAAAUGGGUCGGAUGUACCAAGCCCAAGUUCACAUGGAGGUGUUGCGGUUAGUUAUGGGAAGUCCCCAGACAUUAAAUCACCAGGAGUUGGGGUUAAUCCUAGUGGGUCGUCUCUGGUCAAUGGUAAAACUAGGCAGCAGUCUACUGGGGGGGCAGUCAAAGUGGGAUCGAAAUCAUCGCCGACAAAAUCGACUGCUGAUAAGAAACCGGGGCCGUUUUCACCAUUCUCCAGGGGUGAUACAACUCGGCGGAGCGCACGGGAACAGACUGCUGCUGAGAAAGCCUCGGAAGCACAAGGAUUCAAGCGGAAUGAUCCGACGCGUCGGAGCUUGCCUGUCAGGUCAUUGUCGAUGUCAGCUGUUACGAAGCCUUCGAGUACCGUCAAGCUGCACUCAAAGGACGUUGUUAGCGUUAGUGAUAAAGAGAACAAGGCCAUUGGGGAAACUAAGAUGGGGUCCAGUGUGCCGGACUUGAAAAAGAAUGAGGAUGAUGAUCAGAUAUGGGUAAAACGCGAAUCACAGUUAUUUGACAAUGUCGAAAAUGAAUCUCAGGAAGGUAAUAAAGCAAAACGUGAGAUUCACGUCAGUUCUAAAACAGCUCAAAAUGUGCGGGAAGGAAAAUCCUCUGAACCGAAAUUGGCAGGACCGUGGAAACUUUCAGGACCAAGUGAAGCCUCAGGAACUGUUCAAGUGAAACAUCAUGUGGCUGCCUCGGCUGACAAUUUAGCAGCGCCACCAAAGGCUCAACGACGCAUCGGCAGGGUUCAGUCUCAUUAUCAUGUUCGUGGCAAUAAAUCGCAGUCGGAAUCAGAUGCGAAUAUCUGGCGCACUACCUCGCACCAAGAAGUCUCUACCUCGCCCCAUGCACUUGACAAAAGGAGUAGUUUUGACUCGAGUGUGUCAGUUUUUAGUGAACCAGAUAAUGAGAGACCCCACAGCAUUGAUCUGGACUCUGAACUCAGCGACGCAUCAGAGAUUCUUAGUAGUCGGUGUUCCUUGAACUCUGAGGUAGGCAUACCCCAUCCUAAUCCAAAGCCCCCUGGAGAAAAAACAAGAAGCACAUCGUCAAGUAAUUUGUCAAGGUCUGUUUCGUCUACAGACAGACCUCAACGUCACAGUUAUUCAAAUGAGCCAGAUGCAAGUAAUUUGUCAAGGUCUGUUUCGUCUACGGACAGACCUCAACGUCACAGUUAUUCAAAUGAGCCAGAUGCAAGUAAUUUGUCUAGGUCUGUUUCGUCUACAGACAGACCUCAACGUCACAGUUAUUCAAAUGAGCCAGAUGCAAGUAAUUUGUCAAGGUCUGUUUCGUCUACAGACAGACCUCAACGUCACAGUUAUUCAAAUGAGCCAGAUGCAAGUAAUUUGUCUAGGUCUGUUUCGUCUACGGACAGACCUCAACGUCACAGUUAUUCAAAUGAGCCAGAUGCAAAAUUCAGGCCAAGCGUUUUUGAUCGGUUGAGCAUGCCUCGAAAAAAUAAAAUGCUGGUUGCGUCAUCCGCACCACGAUUACACGAGACAGGUGUCAGCAGGAGUAAAUCAUUAGCUGGAAGCCGCGGAAAGUUAGCUGGUAGUCAGGGAAAGUUAGCUGGUAGUCAGGGAAAGUUAGCUGGUAGUCAAGGAAAAUUAGCAAAGUCGGACUCUGCGACUAAAGUUUCUGCAGGCACUCAUCGUGCGUUGUCGGCUGCAAAAGAUUCUGGGAAAAGUUCCGGGAGUGAUGGUGAAAAACCGUCACUUAGUCGCAGCUCCUCUUCUUCAUCAAUUCCUUCCCAGGCUUCUAAGGAACAAAACACAACCUCCACUAGACUUUCUAAAUCUAAUUCAACAUCAAAGUUAUCGAAUUCGGCGUCAAAGUUAUCCAGUUCUCCUCUAAAGCCGAGUGCAAGAGGUGGACGUCCGUUCAGCCCGGAGCCUAAGAAACCAGCUGGGCAUCGUCCGUUUAGCCCUGAUUCAGACCGACAGAAGACCAGGGCACGCCCUUUCAGUCCAGAACCAAAAGAACAGAAAAAAUCAACCAGUCGUCCUUUUAGCCCUGGGGCUAGGCCUCUCAGUCCUGAGCCAAAGAAAGAACGAGGGAGAGCUUUUAGUCCGGAACCGAAGAAAGAGAUAGGUUUUGGUAGAGCAUUCAGUCCAGAGCCUGGGAAGACCCCAGCACGUGCAUUCAGCCCGGAACCAAAAAAGCCAACACGCAGUAGGCCAUUUAGUCCAGAACCUAAGACAACGAGAGCCCUUAGUCCAGAACCUGCAAAACCUAAAGUUUAUCGGAGCGCUUCAUCUGUGCAGACAUCUGCUAGGGAAAAGGUCAAAAGGGGCAAAGAUGAGGAGAAUUCGGGGCCUGGGUCUCAAGGGUUGCAAAGGAGUGCAUCGUCUGCGUCUGCCCGGCAACCGUUCGUUGGUAAUACUGUCCAGAAAAGCACUUCCCAUCACUCACUCCGGGAUGCCUUCCAGGAGAAAAAGAAUGAGACGCCCCCGAGUCAGCGAGAAGUUCCUUCGAAGAAGGCGUCUGCAAAGCAAAAAUUGGCUCAGGAACUUUUAGAGUCUCAUGAUGGUCAAGCUUCUGAGUCGGAUUCUGAGAUCAUGCAGUACACAAUGGGAGUACAACCAAAGCUGCAUCAGGUUGAACAGAAAGUGCAACCUUCUUUGGAUAGAUCACGCCCAGUCCAAAGAUCAGCCAGUGACUCUGCCUUGCUUUUGCCAAAGGCGCCCCCGAGUAAAUCAAUCGGUGCGGAGUCUGUUCCUUUUGUUCCUGGUGCUCACAACACACCAAUUAUUGGUGGACAUUUGAACCGGAAUCGCGGGCACCACGGCAUACCGCAGGAUGUGGAUAAACUGCAUUCUCAGAUUAUGGAGGUUAGGCGUCACUUGCAGAUACAGCAGGCGAGACGGAUGACAGAUCGGAUGAUACGAGGCCGGGUUGUGAACAGCAUUCCUGAAGAUAUACGCGAAUCAGAAUGUGAGGAAUCUGAAGCAGCGGCCAUGUUUGAAUCAUCGUCUGCUGCUGUAAAUUUAGUGAAAAAUCUUGGGGCUAGUGAGAAGGGUGAAAUCGAUGAAAGUUUCAGAAGAAAUUCUGAUAACGUUAGUGAUAAUCUUGAAAAUGUUCGCAGGAUUAAAGACAAUGGACAAAGUCCAUCAAUUAGGCCUAUAUCUGCUCCAGAUGUGUCAAUGAGUGUUAAAGAUGAUGUGGUUGAUACUGCUGAGAGGGGUCCUCCGGAGGAAGCAAAUACUGAGCCAGAAAGGAAGGGGUCAAGGGAUGCAGAUGCCAGCUCAAGUGCGUCUGCUUCUGCUUCAGAUGAUGGUGGCUCCAUCAGGAAGGAUAGCCUUGAAACUGAAAAAAACUCAAAAGUUUUGCCGAAAGAAAACACUGAAGUGGAUAAGUAUGUUGGGAGCAAUUGGAUUCUAAUGAGCAAGAAAUCUACUGAAGAAAACGACGACCCUAACUCAAGUGCUGGGGUGCGCAAAAAUAGUCUUGAGGAAGUAAAACCAGAUCCAUUGGUCAUCUCAUUGGGUGCUCUGCGCAGGAAUAGUUUAGAAGAGAAAAAACAAGCAAAGUCGAGGUUUCCUUUGCAGAAAAGAAUGCCAACUUUUUCGAAAGAGAAUUCAGAAAUUCAGGAGACCAAAAAUAGCGCCAAAAUAGGUGAUACCGAACCAACGGAAGAUCAUUUGCGGAAGGUUGGUUUGGUAUCUACGAGUGAUUCUGACCGUAGUCAUGGUGUUCGCUUGCGCAGGAAAAGUUCUGAGUGGAGCCAGGAUAAGUUGUCAGAAAAUUCCGACCUCAGGACUUCUUCUCAGAGAAACGCUGACAAACCAAGUAUGGAGGUAUCUAUAGAGGACUUUGUUUCAAAUUCAGGAAACACAGGUGGAAAUUUUCAGCGACAGGGUGCUGAAUUUUUUAGGAAUAGGAUGCGUAAAAAUAGCAUAGAAAGUGUAAAGGAUGACGUUUCAGUUAAAACUGCUGAUGUAGAUGCUGACACAGCCCCUGCGGCUAAGACUAGUUAUGUAAAAAUGCGCCAUAGUACGCCGAGAAAAACAACGUGGUCUGCCAUAAAUAAAAGGCUGUCGGAUCCAAAUUCAGAUUACCAAAACAGACACUCAGAUCCGAAUUUGGGGAGUAAAACAUGGCUAGAGUCGCCACCAACUUCUGAUCCGGCAGCUCCACUCCCCGAACCGGAGGAGGCCAAGCACCAAAGGAUAAGUCUAAUAGACUCCUUCUACUUGGAGAGACGCUUGGUCAGUCCCCAUACGACUUCAUUACAAAAACUUUUCGGCAGUUCCUCUCAGAUAGAUAGCGGAAGCGGUAGUGAGACAAACUUAUCUGUAUUGAGUACUGGGUUGAACCCACGGACAAAUGCUUUGAAAAGAGAUGCUGACAGUCUGUCCCCUGAUACGAUGUCAGUUGCCUCAACUGGUAGUAGCCGUGUUUGUAGUCCGGUAUCGGAUAAAUCUGGUCAGAUGUCCACCAGUUCUAAAGAAUCGACUAAAAGCAGCUCAUCAGGUGGUAAACGGGAACCUUUGUCGCACCAUGGGGAUUUUGUUGCCGAAGUUUAUCCAGCUAGCCCACUGGUGUCGCCAGUGAAACCGAAUACUUCCGCAAUGUCUGGUCAUGCAGCCCUAUCACCAGAGAAAACGCAAGGUCCACCGCCAGUUCCUGCCCAUCUGAAUUUGACGUUUCCCGCAAGCCGGAAUACUUCUCUUGGUGAAUCUGGAUCACCGUUGAAACCACCGCCAGUUCCACUCCACAGUUCCCUGGAAACGUCCCCAGCGCUUCCAGCUCAUCGGAACGCCCAGGAGACACCCCCAAGGAAGCUGACAGUCACGAAAUCGCCUAAGAAACAAGCGCCACCUGUUCCAAGCCACAGAAACAAUCCAACUGAAAUAUCGCCGAGUAAUCCAACCUAUCAGAAACAGGCCGCUCCACCUAUCCCAAGCCACCAGAAUCGCUCUAACGAAGAAUACCCACCAUUCAGGAAGAGGGAUGUGGCACCAAUAGUACCACCUCACAUCUCGGCACAGCUUGCAAAUAGUCGAGAUUUAGACAUUGGGACAUACGACCGUGCUCUACCCCCACCUCCUCUGCCGCCUCACAGAAGUUCAUCUCUUGACCAAUCAAAUGAGCCUGUCGUAUCGCCGCCGAAGGCUGUACCUCAUUAUGACGAGCCACCACCCUUGCAGGCACAGAGGAAGAUCUUCUUUGGUGGAGGAAGGAAAACUCAGCAGGCAUAUGGGGGAGAGAGCAGCGAAGAAGAAGAGGGUAAUGAUACAAUCAGCUCCCUGGCGGCCAUGGACUGGCAGACGGCAGUCACACACCUGCAGCGCAACCGCAGCAAGAGCCUCCCAGCAGACGUUCUCCAAGACCAAGCAGAAAAGCUGCAGCAGACGUUACAAAAAGAGAAAAUGCGACUGGAAGUGCCAGAGGAUCGUCUGGAAACAUUCGAAGCCAUGAGAAACGAUAUUUCUCCUCAGAGGCCGAAGAUUGGUCGGCGUUGGUCCGUGCAGAAUUCGAGCAUGCAGGAUUUGUUGUAUGGGCCUGAUCGGGAUAAGAGUCGGGACGCGCUGGAUUCUGUAGAGGUGUCGCCACCUAGGCAAGAAGGGAGGAAGCAUUCUGCAUCCACGCAAGACUUGCACAGUUUAGAUGCACAGUCGUUGCAUAGACAAUACGCUGCGGUGGCGUUAAGUCCGUUGCAGAAUCAACAGGAUAUGUCUGUUUCGACACCGAGCGUGCAUCAGCUCAGCGGGGUCCGUCCAAAGCAAUCGCCACAAUCUGUGUUCGAGGAAUCAUUCACAAAACUGGAAACAACAAACCCGGAGGAUCAGAAUACAAUGGCGACGCCUAAAAGCCGCAGUGGCAGUAUAAAGUCUGCUUUCUCAACGGGUUUUCUGAAUACACUUCAUAGAAGUGGAAGUUCUGCGAAAAGCAGUUCAAAACAUGGCAGCUCAAAAAAAAUGGAUAAGUCGACGUCCGAGUCUAUCAAAAGUGUGGAAUCAUCUGGGCGUAAACUUCCUGGUUUCUUGAAUAAGAUUUUGAGUCGGAAACGAAGCAGUAAGAAAGACAAGGUGGAUAAAUAUGGCUAUAAACGGAAGGAUAGUUCUGAUCUCGAUCCUGAUGCUGACGCUGAGGACGAACCGGAUGACGAGAAUGAGAUCACAAUAGUAUCUCCGGUGAGAGAGGAAUUGGUCAUUGAGAGGAAACAGGAAAGUGAAGAUGACGACACUGAAAUCUUAGCGCAGGAACUUGAAACUGAUUCUCCCAAUGACACUUUACGCGAAGACAGAACGAUAACUGAGUCGAGUCCGCAGAUGGCUAAUCGUGGCUCUUUCAUCAAGGAGGAGAAUGGUUUGUUGUUUUUCAGUUUCAUGAACCCGGCACGAGUUAGUCCCGUCAGCACGGUCAGUUCUGAACUACAGGUGGAAACAUCCAAAUCUGAUAAGACGCACGAUACGACGUCGGAUAGCUAUGAUAGCGGUAGUGAGGCCUCCGUGGCAGACUCGUUGGGGAAUCGAUUCCAACGGGUUGGAUUAGGUGCACACGAACCAAUCAAAUUACUGAAGGAGAUCGGCGAGAGUAAGGAGAGUUUAAGUUCCGCUGCGACGGCAAGUGGUAGCGAUUCUGAAAAUCCGUUUAAAACUCGUGUGAAGUUGUCGCGGACUGAAUCAUUCCGGAUGCCCCGCCGGCCAAAACCGGAGCCGGAUGAAAAGUUUGUGCGCGGUGGCGUCUAUCGUGGCAGCAUGCCAGUUGUCCGACGCACUCCACCGGGUUCGAAAAUUUCUCCUAAAAAGGAUGUAUCGAUAUCUAGUGUUUCUCAGGAUGAAAAACGUACAGGGAUCAUUCCACGGGCAUUGGACCUAAACUUUAUAAGGAGUACUCUUGCACAACGAACUACAGAAAACUCAAGCAUUCCUGGAUCUGACAAUUUAGAUUCUGGAGCGAAACAACAGUUGUCGUCGAAAUCGUUUAAGUUAUCGAAACAAGCGCCGUCUGAGCGGAAAUUGAAGAGAGCGAACACGUUUACGCCGGAGGAGGUUGCCAAGGUGGCGCAUCAUAUCCAGGGGAUGGCGAAGUACAGUCAUCAUGGUGCUCAAAAGUAUGGCGGCCAGGAUGCGGAAAGAUAUGACAGGGAUGUCCAAAAGCAGAAGGCUUCGACGAUCAAAUACAGAUCUGCCAGCGUGAGGGGUACAAGCGAUCUAGAGUUGCCUCGGCCCAAGUCGGAUUUCCUGCCUGGGCAGAGGACGGGGGAGAAGAACAGUAUGAGACACAUCCAGAGGCAAAGACCAAAGUCAGAUCUAGGGGGUGCCAAGGUGAUUGGACUGGCUAUGAACAAGCAGGAAUGGCGGACCCAGCUCAUGACUCAGCGGUCAUUCAAUCGACAGUUCUCAGACCUCGGUGCAGAUGAUGAAAGUUCGAUGGCGCGUGGAAAAAUCCGAAGGAUGUCCAUGCCUCAUCCUAUCAAAAUCCGAAAGGCGAGAAGCAAGCUGCCGUCCCUGACGAGGCAGAAGAGCGUGACGUUGAAACGCUCGCAUAGCGCCCCGGAUAAUCUCAACAUCAUGAGGAGGGCGCGGUCCACAACGUCUUUAGCCGAUUCCGUUGGUAACUCUGACGAUGCUUAUGAGACCAUGUCACUUGCCAGCAGGCGCUCUUCACAGUCGACCAUCUCUCCCAUUGAUGAUAUUUUAGAAGACGCUUGCACAUUUGCUGAGGCAUUAUGGGACCAUGUGACGCUUGACGUGGAUGAGUUGGGAUUCCGUGCCGGAGACGUGAUUGAAGUGACGGACAUGAUAGAUAAGGAUUGGUGGUGGGGACGCAUCGAGGAUUCCGAGGGGUGGUUCCCGUCAACGUUUGUGAGAUUACGUGUCAACCAGACAGACACAGCAGACGACAUUGCACUCAAGAUGCGUGAUGGCUCCAUUGAUACGUCCAUCGCCAUGCAGCGAGUAACGUCCGGCUUCAUCAGCAAAGAUCAGGCAAGGACGAACGUCAUCAAUGAGAUUAUCACAGUGGAGAGGAUUUAUGUGCGCCAUCUUUUGGAUGUGAUUGAAGGCUACGUCAAGCAUGCCAGGAAGCGCCCAGAGAUGUUUUCGAAGGACAGAGUUGCGACAAUCUUCGGCAACUUGGAAGAAGUUUACACAUUUGGGUCGAAAUUUCUUCAGAGUUUAGAAUCGCAUAUCUGCGAGGAGGCACCAUUCUUGAGCGAGAUUGGACAAUGUUUUCUUGAUUUUAAACAAGGAUUUGAAAUUUAUUCCGAGUACUGCAACAAUCAUCCGUACGGUCUGUGUGAGCUUCAGAUGCUGAGAUGUGACCCAAAAUACACGCAAUUCUUCGAGGCUUGUCGGUUACUACAAGAAAUGAACGAUAUACCCCUCGAAGGUUUCCUUCUGACUCCCGUCCAAAAAGUCUGCAAAUACCCCCUCCAGUUAGCCGAACUCUUAAAACACACCCGUCCAGAGCAUCCCGAUUAUAAGAAGGUUAACGAGGCAUUGGAAGCCAUGAAGGGCAUCGCGAGUCUGAUCAAUGAGAGGAAACGCCGCAUGGAGAGCAUGGAGAAGAUCGCGUUCUGGCAGACGACCGUGGAAGGAUGGCAGGACGCUGACCUACUCGAUUUGAGUUCUGAGCUGAUUCAUACCGGAGAGCUACACAAGUACAGCCUCAACACGAACGGCUGGAUGAAGGAUCGCGUCUUCUUCCUUUUUGAUCAUCAACUAGUCUAUUGUAAGAGGGAUUUAUUAAAACGUGACGGUCUGACAUAUAAGGGUCGUAUGGUGAUGGACUGCAGUGACAUAUUGUCUAUACCAGAUGGACGAGAUACUCAGUUCAACUUGAAUGUGAAGAAUGCCUGGAAAGUCUUUGACCGGCGAAGAGACAAGUUGUUCUUGCUGUCCGCCAAAACGGCGGAAGACAAAACAAAAUGGCUGAAUGCAUUUCGAAGAGAGCGUAAACGUGUCAAGGAGGACCGACACAGCGGUUUUGCAUUUUCUGAACAGACCAAAAGAAUUGCGCAACAAUCAGUCAAGUAUAGAUUGCAGAGAACGUCAGAUCCCAAGGUGCGCAAACUCUCGCGUGGCAAUAUCAACAACGUUAACCAGAACUCAUCAACUGUGAUACCUCCGUCUUCAACUCUUACAAGAGACUCUGUAAGCUUCUCCAAGAAACGUCCGUGGGCAAUCUUCAGCGGUAAAAAAACCACCCGAUGACACGUUGGUGUGACGUUGGUUGGGUUGUAAACAUUUGUUGAAGCCGAAACACUGCAGGGAGACCUUCCGGAUGGUGCUGUUACUAAAUGCUGGUUUGAUGGGGAUUCUGAAAUAUUGACUUUGACAGUUGAGUCGGCUGUGUUGUGCUGCUCUUGUUUUAGGCUUCCAGUGUCCAAUGAUGUUGCAAUUUGACAUGAGGCAUUGUGCAAAUAAACUUUUUUAUCCAUGUUUUUGCAAAGUCUCAUCUCUGCUCAUUUAUUGGGCAUAACGGUGCGCUGAAGUCAAGAUUGACUAGUUGACAGCUGAAGACUCUAAUUCCAUUGGCAUGAUUUGUUGAUAUGAUAAUAUCCCGGUGGUGCAGCACUCCUGCCAAUGGGAUUCUUCAGAUUUAAUGGAUAAAGGGUAUUACAAUUACAAAAUUAGAAAUCAGGUUUCAGAAAAUUGCUCAAAGGUCUACCAUCUCUUCUAAAAACUUAUGUUGGAUAUUUUGAAUGAGAAAAAAAAUUAAAAGAGAUAUUUUAAUUUUCAAACUGGUUUGAAAAUGAUGAACUUUUGUAUGUGAAUACUGUGCAUGUUAAAAAUCUUUAGACAAUUUUGCUGGGCAAAAGAGAUAUUUUAAUUUUCAAACUGGUUUGAAAAUGAUGAACUUUUGUAUGUGAAUACUGUGCAUGUUAAAAAUCUUUAGACAAUUUUGCUGGGCACUGCAGCCAAACAGCUGAAUAAAUUGAAGGAACUUCAUAGGUCUUCUGACAAGAACUGCCCUUCAUGUAGAGAUUUACUGUGCCUUAAUUGACAUAAAACAUAAAAAUGACUGUUGGGCAGUCAAUAGUUGGGUUCCUUUGAAUAGAUAUCUGCUGUGGGGAAGGUCGGGCAAUGUUAUGAAUACCGAACCCGUCGGAACUAUGCACAGUUUUGGAUAAUUGCCUUGCUUAUGAUGGCCUUUAAGUGACCAUUUAUAAAGUAUGUAUGCAGUGAUUUUGUCCAACUUGAGUAUUUUCUUUAUUUCUCUAUGUACAUAAUUGACUAGUUUUGGAAUAUCAGUAUCACUUUCUCUUUCCAUGCAUACUUUAUAAAUAGCUCUUUACUAAAUGCAAUGUAAAUAACUGAUGUAAAUUUUUAUGGAACCUAUUGGUGCUACAUACUUAUUUUGUAUAUGUAUAUAAUAUUGUAUACCACAUGCAUACGUACGUGCUAUCUUCAUAAUAGAAAGUUAAUCCAGUUCAUGUCUCAUUUAGGCAAAAACUUUUGGAAGUAUUUACUCGACUAAAAUAGCUGAAAAAUAUCAUGAUGAAAUAAAAAAACACUUCUUCAGGCAUCUUGUGUUGAAGUUGGAACUUCAUAUGGACGUCAUAUUCAAAUAAAUAGUCAACUUUAAAGACUUUGCUAUGCACAUAGACAUGUAUAAAGCUGUAUGAUUGAACAGAACCGUUGCACUCCAGAUUAUUUUGCUAAGCAGGAGUAUCUGCUGGUCCUGGUGUGGAUGAAAGGAAGUCGGUUACGUACAACGCUUCGUUUUUGUAGCAUUCCAAUUGGUGAAAAGAAUCUGGAGUGGAAUUAUCCUGUCCUGGAAUAUGGCUUGUUUACUCUGAUGUGUCCUGAGAAUAUGGAUGAACAAUUUUUGUGUCACCUUUUUUUCUGUUGAUACUUUCGUAGGAGUUAGAAGUGGGAAUCUUGGAAUGUUUCGGGAAGACUUCACUUGAUGUAAUAUUUAUUUGAUAUUGUAGUACAUGUAUACUUCUCAUGCCAUGAAUCUCCAGUUAACUUCCUUUCUUAAUAUUUGCCAAACUUUGAUUACAAUAGCAUGUGAACUCAUGGUCUAAUGUUGUUGAAAUCAAAUAUAAGACUAUAUGAUUGAAA